AUGGAGUUCAUCCGCCACCGUUUCCUCCAGCUUAAAAGGCAGGCCAUGGUGUCAUCCACCACCACACCAAUCAGGGCAGCCUGUUCACGCCGCCACCACUCAAGCGGCGACGACGCCCGUCGCCUGUUCGACGGAAUGCCUCCUCGGAAGAAGCGCAAUAGUGAGCUGCCGGUGAGCGUCACCGACCGCAUUGGCGCCCUCCCCGACAGUAUCCUCCACCACUUGCUCUCCUUCCUCCCAGCGCAGGCCGCCGUUCGGACGUGCGUGCUUGCCCGGCGCUGGCGCUACCUCUGGAGGUAUACCACGGGCCUGCGCAUCGUCGGCCUGGAGGAGGAUGGGGAAUACAAAGUCAGCGACCUCCAUAACUUCGUGGAACAUCUGCUGAUCCUGCGUGAGCGCACCGACCUAGACUUUGUCCAGAUCCAAUUCAGCGAAUUCUGUGAAGAAGAUCAGCCUUGUGUGAACUUGUGGGUCCGUUUUGCUGUGAUGUGCAAAGUUCGGGCGCUCACCCUUCAUAUCAGUUAUGAACGUCUCAACCUAGACGACCUGCCUCUUGUCUCUAGGCAUCUGAGAACAUUAGACCUUGCUGGUGUAGCCCUACAAAAGUCCUUUCUUGAUUUUGCUAGCUGUCCUGCGUUGGAGGAUCUGAAGAUGAGUUGUUGCAGCAUCUUUGCUGGUAAGGUAUCGUCCCGUUCCCUGAAGCAUUUGAGCAUCUAUUACUGCAGCUACGAUUUGGAUUGCCGGAUCCAUAUUUCUACUCCGUGCCUUGUCUCUCUGAAAAUCGAUCAUAAUUCUGGUAGAACACCAUUUCUUGAAAACAUGGCGUUGCUAGAGAGUGCGCAUGUGCAUCUUGGCAAUUACUGCAAAGAUGCCUGUUUGAAUAAUGACUCUGGUGUUUUCUGUGGAGCUAAUAAUAAUGCAUGUCGGAAUUGUGUUCCUAUUAAAGACGAUUGCAGCAGAGAAUGUGUACUUAUGAGUGGUAUCUCAAAUGCUAAACACCUGAAGUUGCUACCUGAGAGUAAAACGUUCGUUUUCACAAGAGAUUUGAAAUACUGCCCUACAUUUAGCAACUUAAAGACUUUGUUUCUCAACAAGUACUGGUGUGAAGCUCCUGAUUUGGAUCCACUAGCUUGCAUUCUGAAAAACUCGCCAGUUCUAGAGAAGCUCACUCUUCAACUUUUCUCGCCGGGAUCAAAUCCUAAACUGGUAAUGAAAGGAAGCUAUAGUUCAAUGGAGAGACCAUCUGCAAUAUCUGAGCACCUUAACAUGGUUGAAGUCAAGUGUAAUGUGAUCGACGACAAAAUUCUUAAAGUUUUGAAGUUCCUGACUGCAUUCAACAUACAUUAUCAGGCAGAAAUGGCCGAUUCGGUUUCCUGUAAGGGCGAGAAGCUCUACCACUGGUUAGCACUCUUGCGGUAUCCUGUAAUUUCUGUUGCACUUAUGGUUCAUGCUGAAUUUAUUCAGCUCUUGGACUGCGUCUUUUCGUUCUCCCGCCCAACAUCGUCGCCUUCUUCCUCAUCUUCGGCGUACACCUUGGCUUCCUGCUGCGUGAAGGACGACAGCCCGCUGGUGCCGUCGAUGAUCAUGUCCUUCAAGAUGGCGUCGCCCGGCAUCGGGCCGAACGGAACUUGCGCGCUGCAGCUCGCGGCGAACUGCUGCGCCGGCGACGCCCGCCACCUGUUCGACGGAAUGUCUCCACGGAAGAAGCGCAAUAGUGCGCCGCCGGUGAGCGUCACCGACCGCAUUGGCGCCCUCCCCGACAGUAUCCUCCACCACGUGCUCUCCUUCCUCCCAGCGCAGGCCGCCGUUCGGACGUGCGUGCUUGCCCGGCGCUGGCGCCAUCUCUGGAGGUAUACCACCGGCCUGCGCAUCGUCGGCCUGGAGGAGGAGGGGGAUUACAUGGUCAAAGACCUCCAUAAGUUCGUGGAACAUCUGCUGAUCCUGCGUGAGCGCACCGACCUAGACACUGUCCAGAUCAAAUUCAGCGAAUUCGAUGAGGAAGAUCAGCCCUUUGUGAACUUGUGGGUCCGUUUUGCUGUGAUGUGCAAAGUUCGGGCGCUCACCCUCCAUAUCAGUUAUGAACAUCUCUACCUAGACGACCUGCCUCUUGUCUCUCGGCAUCUGAGAACUUUAGACCUUGAUGGUGUAACCCUACAAAAGACCUUUCUUGAUUUUGCUAGUUGUCCAGGAUUGGAGGAUCUGAGGAUGAGUCAUUGCAGCAUCUUUGCUGGUAAGGUAUCGUCCCGUUCCCUGAAGCAUUUGAGCAUCUAUUACUGCAGCUACGACUUGGAUUGCCGGAUCCAUAUUUCUACUCCGUGCCUUGUCUCUCUGAAAAUCCAUCAUUAUUCUGGUAGAACACCAUUUCUUGAAAACAUGGCGUUGCUAGAGAGUGCACAUGUGUAUCUUGGCAAUUACUGCGAAGAUGCCUGUUUGAACAAUGCCUCUGGUGUUUUCUGUGGAGCUAAUAAUAAUGCAUGUCAGAAUUGUGUUCCUAUUAAAGAUGAUUGCAGCAGAGAAUGUGUUCUUUUGGGUGGUAUCUCAAAUGCUAAACACCUGAAGUUGCUACCUGGGAGUAAAACGUUCAUUUUCGCAAGAGAUUUAAAACACUGCCCUACAUUUACCAAGUUAAAGACUUUGUUGCUCAAUGAGUACUGGUGGGAGGGUCCUGAUUUGGAUCCGCUAGCUUGCAUUCUGAAAAAUUCACCAGUUUUAGAGAAGCUCACUCUUCAACUUUUUUCCACGGGACCAAAUCAUAAAGUGGUAAUGAAAGGAAGCUAUAGUUCAAUGGAGAGACCAUCUGCAAUAUCGGAGCAUCUUAACAUGGUUGAAUUCAAGUGUAAUGUGAUCGACGAGAAAAUUCUUAAAGUUUUGAAGUUCCUGACUACAUUCAACAUACGUAAGCUGACUAAUAACACUUUUCUUGCUCUUGUCUGGUGA